AUGUCGGCUCCAAACCUAAAAUUUGAGUUAUCACCAGCAGAAUCCAUCGCCGAAUCUUUCACUUCAAUACCUGGCCAACAAUAUCCUUCAUUAUUUCACACUGAAGGAAGUAUGGAGCCACUACAAGCUAUGACUCCACAAUCUUUCGAUGGCGAUAGUAUGUUUGGAGAUGAUAUGGGUGAGGAUAUGGGUUUAACUGGAAGUCUUGCUGGUACACCUGCACCAGAAAAGAAACAAGUCAAGAAGAGAAAGUCUUGGGGGCAACAAUUACCGGAACCCAAAACGAAUCUCCCUCCAAGAAAACGAGCAAAGACAGAAGAUGAAAAGGAACAACGUCGAGUCGAAAGAGUUCUUCGAAAUCGUCGAGCCGCUCAAACCUCGAGGGAAAGAAAGAGACAAGAAGUGGAUAAUCUUCAAGCAGAAAAAGAUCAAAUCGAACGUAGAAAUACCGAUUUGCAAUUACAAUUGGCAGAUAUGCAAGCUAGAUAUGAAGAAGUUCGUCGAAAGCUAGAAGAAGUCACCGGGAUGACUGGCGAAAAUAUCACACCAGCAUGCCUUCCCCCUUCAUCUGUUACUUCAACUCCAAGUCGAAAAGAAAGUUUCGAUGGACAAUCCCCACUCGCCUUUACAAAACAAUUGUUCGGAAUGGAAGAAUCUGGAUCAACAAUGACACCAAUUAGAGAUAGUCACAACACUAUGCAAUCAGCAAUUGGUACUGUUGAUCUAGCUUCCGUUUCACCACCACCACCUUCAAUGGAAUCAAAUGAAGAGGACUCAUUCAACCCCAGUUCUUUCGUGUCAACCGAAAGUACAAGGGCAUUGGAUGAGUACCCCUCGGAAUAUUCUAAUUUCACGGGUUUUGGUCAGUACACUAUGGGUUCAAAUGAUGACUUCACCAGUCAUCUCGAAUAUCCUGAUUCCCUUGGUGCAGAUCAAACUUUCUUUAAUGAACGGAUCGGUCCUAUCGUCGACGCCUUCACUAAUAACUUUGAUAAUUUGGUUACUGACAACAACGGCGCCACUAACGAUGCCUUAUUCGCGGACUUCAUUCACCAAGACGAGAUCACACCAUCUGCGCCCGAAGUACACUCUUCGGAUUCGAUUGUUGAGGAGACUCUUAACCUGCAGUCCCAGCUUGGCGCGUCCUCUUCUGGAUGCGACGCUGGAGACAAUGCGGUUGUCGUCUAA